AUGGCUUCCGUUCAGAAGCAGGAUAACGAAGAUCAGGUCAUCAAGCCUCAGGCUACUGCACCCGCGGUUGACUACUCGCAGUUCCCUCUCCUCCUCAAGAACUACGACAAACUCCUCGUGCGCACCGGUCACUUCACGCCGAUUCCUUGCGGUGCUCCUCCUCUCAAGCGCGACAUCAAGAGUUACAUCAGCAGUGGUGUUAUCAACCUCGACAAGCCUAGCAAUCCCAGUUCUCACGAAGUCGUUGCGUGGGCCAAGAGGAUUUUGAGGUGUGAGAAGACUGGACACAGUGGAACCCUCGACCCCAAGGUCACCGGAUGUCUGAUCGUCUGUAUCGACCGUGCGACUCGGCUGGUAAAGUCCCAGCAGGGUGCCGGAAAGGAGUACGUGUGUGUCGUCCGUCUCCACGACAAGGUUCAGUCUGAACAGCAGGUUCUGCGCGCGCUCGAGACCCUCACCGGAGCGCUGUUCCAGCGACCCCCGUUGAUCUCCGCUGUCAAGCGUCAGCUCCGUAUCCGAACCAUCCACGAGAUUAAGCUGCUGGAGUUCGACAACGACCGCCAUCUCGGUGUCUUCUGGGUCAGCUGUGAGGCUGGUACUUACAUCCGUACCCUCUGCGUGCACUUGGGUCUGUUGUUGGGAGUCGGUGGACACAUGCAGGAGUUGCGAAGAGUGCGGUCCGGAGCUAUGGGUGAGGAUGACGGUAUCGUCACUCUUCACGAUCUGUUGGACGCGCAGUGGGUGAUGGACAACACCCGUGAUGAGACCUACCUCCGCCGUGUUAUCCGGCCCCUCGAGUCUCUCCUCACCACCUAUAAACGUAUCGUGGUCAAGGACAGUGCCGUCAAUGCUGUCUGCUACGGUGCUAAGCUCAUGAUUCCCGGUCUCCUCCGUUACGAGCAGGGCAUCGAGGUCAACGAGGAGGUUGUCCUGAUGACCACCAAGGGAGAAGCCAUUGCCCUCGGUAUCGCGCAGAUGUCCACCGUAGAGCUGUCCACCUGCGACCACGGAGUCGUCGCCAAGGUCAAGCGCUGCAUCAUGGAGCGGGAUCUCUACCCCCGCAGAUGGGGACUCGGACCCACCGCCCAGGAGAAGAAGAAGAUGAAGGCGGACGGCAAGCUCGACAAAUUCGGCCGAAACAACGAGGCCACUCCCGCUACCUGGAAGGAGAGCUACACCGACUUCACCGCUCCCCUGACCGUCGACGGCGAGCCCGCCGUCGCCUCCACUCCUGUUGCUAGCGCUCCCGCGGAGUCUGCGGACGUGGAGAUGACCACACCCGUCAAGCCC